AUGGUCCAGGCGCGACCGUACGCGGAGCGGGUGGCCGAGUUCAGGCCCUUCGCCUGCUCCGACUUCAUCAUCCCAAUGUUCACCAAGCUUUGUCCGCCGGGAGAGAAGAUGGACAGGUGGCUCGGCAACGCCAAAGUUCCGGUGGCUGUCACGAUGCACGACUUCAUGCAGGCUGUCAAAGAGGUCUGCCCGGACGUUCCCGCCGAGUGUCCGGCGAUGGUGGUCUUCUUGAUACAGAUAGGGAGGCUCGCAGAGAGCCUGGAUGACCAGUGCCGACGAGAGAAGCUCAACAAGCCGAAUGCCGGCCGACCAAGCGUGGAUCUGGACGAAGCGCUCAGGGUAGCAAUGCCCGUAUGGUCCGCUGAAGAAGAGUAUCUCAUCAUGAAGGUCACGCUCAACGCGAUCGACAUCCUGCGGCGCUGGAUGCGAAGACCGCGGCGACGGAGAGCGGCCGGCGAGACUCUCCCGCCGACCCAGCAGCCAGAGCCAAACCAGGCCGCCAGGGCGAAGACAGCCCGGAAGACCAAACGGCCGACGCUGACGUCAAGCAACAACAAGGAGACCGCCAAGGCGGCGCGAUUGGCAGCGACGAGCGAGGCGCCCCCCUCCAUCGAUAACAGCAGGACGAGCAACAGCAAGGCCCCCAGGCGAGGCUCGACGAGGAAGAUGCGGGGGUCGGCUUCGUCCCCGUCAGUGACCGCUCCGAACCCUGCUGCCGCCGCCGCCGCCGCCACCGACGCUGCAGCGGCGGCCACGGUCGGCGGUGGCGCUAAGGAGGACAACCAAGCGGCGGCGGCGGCGGCGGCGGCGGCUGCCAACGAGGAGGGGCAGCACGAGUCGCCACGCGCUCGGCAGCGGCUCGAACAGGCGAAGGUGUUGGACAAACAAGUCGAAGCCAGCCGAGAAGAAGGCGGGGGGGGGGGGUUAACUAGCUCGCCACGAGGGGGCUAA